AUGAAAACCCGCCCUCUCCGGCUCGCCGAGAACUGCGGCAGUUCUGUCCCAUCGCAGGGCAUCGUGAACAAAAUCCUCACGCUGUUAAUCAAGCUCUUUCUCUAUCCAAGAAAAAAACUGUGUUAGUGUAACUUUCUUUGAGGAACAGCAUCACAAAUUUGCUCUACAUGACAGAGAAAACCUGUCAUGCGUGGCUUGUAAGGGAAAAUACACACGAAAAAAGGACUUCAUGGCUGUGUGGCAUGACAGGUGUAACUCUGUUGCAUGUUUUGCAUUACAGAGUUACACUUACACAGUUUUUUUCUGGCAUAUUCUCAUUGCGCCCUUCAAACUCGGCCCGUUCGUUUCGCUUCUGUACUGGCUCUCGAAGUGGUAUGGAUGUGUCAGGAUUGAAAUCGACAAAGUUGAAAUGACUUGUAAUGCAUAAAUUGGAUGAAAGUUGUAACCCAGUUUCCAACUGGCGCAUGACAAAUUUGGGUAGAGCCGAAAUCCCGUUUGUCAUGCUGUUUGGGUAAGGAAGACGCCUUUUGUCAUGCUACUUUAGCAGCUCCGCUUCUAGUUCUAGUCCUCAACAGGCUCACAAUCUGCCUCACUUGCCUACUCUACAAGACAGGCACUUUGUGGGCUGCAGUUUACGCAUGACAAACUAUUUCAACUUUGACGAUUUCAAUCCUGACACGCCCAUAAGUGGCUGAAGAACCGCGGAAAUUUGAAGCAAGUUUUCUUUUCCAAAAAAUCCGGGUUCGCGAUCGUGCUCCGGGGGCUGGGGAAGAUUUUCUUUUCCUCGAGUCUGGCGAAUGGAGGCGGAGACGGUAGCAACCCGGCGGCGGGGACGAGCAGGGUGGAUAUGGAGGCGAUAUUGGAAUUGCCCGAUAUCGAAGACGACGACGGCGCCGUCGGAGACGGUUGGAUAGACCAUAAGCCGACCAUCUUGGCCGUGCAGAACGGGAAGAGUGCUGGAGGGAGCAACGGGUUGGGAAUGGUAUGAUUUAUUUUCAACGUUUAUUUUCUGCGUUUAUUUUCUUUUGAAUGAAGAUCAACUUGUCUUGCGUACAUACUGCAUUUGCAGACUACAUCAGUUUGUCAUGCUGUCGCCGCUACCAAAGUCAAGUCAUCACACAUUAAUUACCGUACAGCUCCUGGCCCUCGAGCUCCGGCGCGCCUUGACCGCCGGCGCAAAGUCCUACAUCAAGGUUCUCAACCUCUUUGGGCAAAUUCUGGAGGAGCGAAUUUUCCGCAUCCCCGAUUUCCUCCGGAACCAUCCAAAGUUGAAAAAACACGUGUUUACGGAGAGCAGAAUCGAGCUUCUUGCCCAGCUGUUUAACUUCUACACGAUUUUGGAGCUUGCGUUUCUCUUCUACCAGAAAUACCAACUGUGGAAGAUUAAUAACCAGAAGGUGGAAAUGCCUCGGGUUCCGGUGGAAGAGUCUUUGAUCCAGCUAGAGCAAGAAUUAGAAGCGGUCAACGACGUGCAAAUGGGGUACUUGCUUUUACAAGGGCAUGAGGUCGAGCUAGAAACGAAGGAGGACGUGUUGGAAAAAAACGAAGCAACAAUCGGCGGAUACACGACUGCAGGUUUUGAUGCCCACCUAGGAGGACCCCCUGGACGUUUGUCUGCUGCUUCUUUCACGAUGACCAAUACUCAGACCGUCGUGAUUCAGCAGGCAACUAUCGACCAAGGCUCGUCUUUCGCGAACUCGAUAGACGCGGGACUACAGGGAGGUUCAGCAUCGGUAUCGCCGAAUGGUUCUUCCAAUCUGCACAUAGAACAAAACGGUAUCCCAUGGAAAAACUGUUUCACUGUGAUGACUUUGCAAAAACCGCAUCACAAGUUUGUUACACAUGACACCGAAAAUUUGGCAUGCGCGUUUCCCAAGGGAAAACACGCUUGAAAAUCCAAUGUCGUGCAGGUGUAGCAAGACAAACACUGUGGCGCUUCGUUUUCUGCAUCACAAGUUCACGGUGAGACAGUUUUUUCGUGCGAUAAACGGCGGUCCUGCGCUACUAACCCCUCGCAUGUCCACGGAGUCUACCCAAUCCGCCGUGCAAGUCCUCUACGACCAAAAAGUCCAAUCUAUGGCGUUCUCAACUGUUACAUUCUCAACUGUUCUUACAUGAACUUGUCAUGCAGAACAACCAUCGAGAUCCACACGAGAAAGCUGCUUCGCAUGACAAAUUUGCAAAGGGCUAAACAGCACCUAAAUCUGUGCAGGACUUGUAAUGCUAGAAGUGCAACCUCCCCCCUUUCACUUUUCUUUUGCAAUUCUUGCUUCACAAAUUCAUGUAACAGUCGGGAAUGUAACAGUUGAGAACGCCAUAAAAUCCUUCACGCAACUCGCGCUAACCGCCGCAGCAACGGGGGGCAUGAGUCGGAAACUGAAACUACGCCGGGCGCAAAGCAGCUUAAACACGGUGAAUAGUAAUCAAAACCUGCAACAGCUGAAAAACAACAUCAAAAACGCAGCGUCGGAGCACCAAAUCGGAAUUCUCGCGUUGCAGCAAAAAGGAAAAUCGGCGUCCCGGCCGAGAUUGUUGACCCGAUCGAAUUCGGGCGUCGGGGCUUUGCUCCGGCGAACCUCUACUGCCGGCCACGCGGGGAUAGAAAAGGCGCUGAGAGAAGCGAUGCAAACCGAAGACCUCGAGGGGUCGACUUCGAAUAACGGAAUGGUAAGCCACAUCCAGGUCCUCGAUAAUUCUGACUACGAGGACGGGGAGCUGAAUAGCGGGAAAUUGACGGUGACCAACCAAAAUUCCGUCAACCGCUUGCCGAGGGCAAGGAAUUCGCUCGCGAUGGCCGCUUCUGACGCGACGGGGCUAGACCCACAGCUGAUGAACGAGCAGGCUAUGGAGGCGCUGAAGCCUCUGGAGAUCUGUGGCUGGUUCCGGUACAAGAAGAACGUGGCGAGAAAUACGGAUUUGAAAUCCUUUCGGGACCAUUUGUUCUACGAUAGAAGGGCUGGCGUUGAUCUGUAUGGGGAAGAUGAUGGACAUGAACUGUCGUCCAGAAGUUCCUCGGCUCUACUGAGUAAGAUCCACCCGAUUGCGAUUUUAAAACAGCUGUCCAACGUAUGACAGUGCACAACUCCCCCUCCCCCUCAUUUGUCAUGCAAAAACCCAAAAACUACACCCUCUUCUCUUUGGCACUUCUUGCAUGACAGGUUCUGGAAGCCGAAACAGCACUAGAAUCGGUCGCGAAUUUUUCAUGCAAAAGCUGCAUUCAUGCCAGCACUUGUGUUGCUGCUUAUCUAUGACCUUCAAAUGAGGGGGAGGCGGGGUUGUGCACUCUCAUACAACGCACUGUUCACGAUGAAAACCACAAUCUGUCCGAGCUUCCGAAGAGCGAUUUGGAACUGGUCGAUUGGGUUAGUCCCCUCGGACGGGGAUGAAGAGAUCGUGGAGCUGUACGACAUCGGCCGCGAGAACGUGCGGGAGUGGCUCGCCUGGGCGUUUUUGAAUGCAGAUUACGAUGUGACGAAAGUGUCGGUCCAUCAUUUGCAUUUGGAACACGGGGAGGAAGCGCAGGCGAUAAACGAUUUGACACUUUUUGGAAGCAGCGGAGUAGAAAUGAAUAACGCACUAGCUGUAUCAAAUGCAAAAAUGUCUGGGUCUGGACGGUUGGAACUUGUGAUGCUAACUUUGGACUCUAAAAAAAUCUGUACUGCAUGACCAGCAAGAGGAGUCUAGUUUGUGCUACGCGGGGAGGUGGGCGUUUGUCAUGCGGAGUAGGCAUCAGGAAGGGUUCUAAAAGUCUGUGAUGGUAGGGCAUGCAUCACAAACAAUCCUGGGUCAUGCAAAACAUGCGUGACAAGUCUCAGAACCUUCCAGACCCAGACUACGUUUUUGCAUUUGAUAAGCUGGCGCGGUGAGCAAUAAAUCAACAGCGACCACCCGUAGUCAUGGUGCCUCGCAACUGAAGCGGCAGUUCCCCUUACCCGAACAGCAAUGGCGCAUGACGAGUACGAUGAUCCACCGGAUUGAACAGUGGCUGCAGCACAAAUUCCGCCCGGGGUACAACGAUAACAUCGUCUCCAUGCGGUUGACUCUCGACCCUUUACAGGCGGACACCCGGUCGUUCCUGUUCUACGGUUAUCCAGUGCAAAAGCAUCAUGCUCGUACUACUUGCAACCAUGCAUGACAAACCGAGUCUGUAUACCCGAACCAGCAUUACAAAUUCCACUUUUCGUCCCAACGGAAAAAUUUGCAAAUGCAAUUACUACUACGACUACGUAUGCAUUUGCAAUGCAUAACCGCAUUAGUCAACUGGUCAUCCCCUUCGCGGGGGAUUUCUUCCUGAAGAAGGUCUUGGGAUUUGAAGAGAACAUAAGCGGAACCAUGAGCUACUACGUCAGGAAGCCGGUUGUGGGGAAGAAGAAAAAGGAAAACAACACGUCAAAGAGAAAGGAUCACGACGUCCCGUUCGUCUUCUGCCACGGUCUGGGCCUGGGGCCCCACAUCUACGUUUUAUUUCUGUUCGAACUGGUGAAAAAUUACCCGGACCGGGACAUUUUCGUGAUUAACAUCCCCCAGAUAUGCAAUACAAAUUUCCCGUACAACGUGUACAGGAUGCAUCACAAACUUCACCAAUUUGGAAAGUAAAACUCGUCGUGCUAAACUAGGAUCGAAGCCAAUUUUUGUCAUGCAGAGACCGCAUUUGUUUUUGUACGCGUACGGGAAAUUUACUGUGGAUACCAAAUCGCGUGUCGAAUUUCUGACGCGAACAUUGCGUCGGCCCGGGAAAUGGUGAGUUGCAUCGCGGACAUGCUGGCUCACCACUACGAAUCGUUCAACUUGUGGGACACGUUUGAGAGGCGACGAUACAUGCCGGGGGAUUUGGUGGACGACGAGGUGUCGAGUACGUCGGAAGAUGAAUCGGAGCUAUCAGGGUCGGAUGACGAUGAUGAAAACCAAAAUGGAUUCUCCUCGGGGGAAGACAAAUUGCAGCUGCAGCCUUUGGAGAUGGGCGAGCGGUUCUCUAAUGCGAGUAACGGGAGCAACUAUGAUGGCGCGGCGAACAACUACAACUACGCGAAGAACCUUCGAUCAGCCCCGGAAGGUCAAAUCCAUCCAGAAGGGGAGGCGAGGGAUAGUGCAACUAUGACCACAGGAGGUGGAACUGCAAGUUUGAAGGAGAACCAGGCUGAGUUUACGAAACGCAUGCUCUCUUUAAAGGAGAAGUUCGGAAACCACCCGGCAGACAAUAGGCACAAGCAGAAUGAGCUGCAGCAGCAAAACCAACAUCACAAACAUCAUUACAAACCCGAGCACUCACCAGCAUCACAGGCAGCUGCCCGCGAUUCAGCAGCGGAGGCAACAGGAGCUUCUUCACCAGCACAAGCGACAGCCUCUACUCCGCGGACGAACAAGAGGGGCAACAAGAAACGGAAGCGAACCGUGAACACCAACAGACCGCGUGACGUAAGAACGGGCAACCCAGACCUGGAUUUUGACGACAGCUACAACUACCAGCGACCGGGGGGCAGUAGCAAAGGCAGUCGCGGACAACGACGGAAGUCGUCUUCCAGUGGGGGUAGAAACGACAUCUCAACUAACCCCGCCGAACUAGAUCCGACUUUUAACACGGACAGCUGCCCGGGGGCCCAUUUCAUUGGCCACUCCUUCGGCACCUUCGUUAUGGCUUGGAUGAUCCGACGCCGACCGCAUCUAGUCGCGUACGCCACUUUGAUCGACCCGGUCUGCUUCCGACUGUUUUCCCCCGACAUAGCCUACAAUAUGGUCUACCGGGAGCCGAAAACGUGGAUCCAAACGGCGAUCCAGUACUUUGUCGCGAAAGAGAUCCACGUAGCGCAGUCGAUGGCGCGCCGGAUGGUUUGGCAAAGUUGGAUUUUGUGGCCGGAGAAAUUGAAGUUUCCGACCAACGUGAUUCUCUCCGGGUUGGAUUCCAUCAUCCCCGCGCACUCGAUCCGCACCCAUUUGGUCGCGCACAGCGAAAUGCGCCGGCAGAAAAUGGCGGAGAUUUUGCAAAAGAAGAAGAACCGGUGGGACAAGAUACCGAAACAGGUGAAGAAGAAGAACGCGAAAAUCUCGGUGCUGUGGCUACCGAAUUUGGGACACGCGGAAUUUAUGGUCCGGCCCCGGGCAAAGCCGGCGUUUGAAGAGAUCAUUGCGCGGAUCGGGAGGCUGGAGGAACAAAACCCACUGGAAAGGAUGCUGUCAGGAUAGGGAUUUCGUCUCCCGCUUUUGUCUCUUUUUGUGAAAAAUGAGAAGACAAGCGGGGGGCGAGGUGAUACUUACUUGUUUUUGACUUAUGGAUCUAUCAGUUCUUCUUCUUGUGUAACACAAAUUGUGUUGACGGCGAUGUUGUGUAAAACGGAAUGCGAGGCAGUAAAAGGUUUCAGAUUAACAAGUCUAAGUGAGUUUUUUGAAAAAUCGAAAGGAGUUUGAUACUCCGCACGAAAACAUCCACACAGGCACAUACAGUUCUUGCUCUUGAAGAGAUA